GUCAGUCGGCACUGGGCAGUUGGACGCGCGCGCGCGUGUGUUUGAGUGUGUGUGUGUGUGUGUCCGCACGGUCCCCAGCCGCUACUGUCACUUUACGGAACGCUGCGCGCCAAUCACACAUGUAUCGUUACGAUAAUAAAACACAUUGUGUUAUUAUUAUAAUGUCGUAACGUUCGUUUCGCGUUUGAAUUUGUAUUCGUGAGACAAUAUUAACAUUAUAAUAACAUUCGCGGCGGCCGCGCGACGCACGUGCGAUUGUGCGGUAAAAAUAUCUGGCAGUUUUAUCAUCGUGCGGAUGCAACGAAAUGUAAACAGAAUUUUAAUUUUCGCGUAGUUAGUACACCGGUACACGCGACCGACCGACAGCUAUACCUAAUAGAAGUACAAUAGGCCUGCGGGAGUCUGUCCCGGUGAGUACCCAUAAUAUAUUAAAGCAUAUCAGUAUUAUACUUACCUAUUAAAAUACAUUAAUCUUCUUUCUCGGUUUUUAAAGACCAGGGAGCCCAUGUAUCGCAACACUAUACCUGCAGCUUCCGUCUAUAUACUAGGUAGCUAUCCCAAUCCCGAGCUAACAGUGGCGCUCAACUAAUUUUUUGUAUGUGUAGCAAUAAGCAUUAAUUUAUACCCACCUACUUCUACACGGUAUUAAAUUUAAUACCCCAACACCAACUACCAAUUUUUUAAACUAUAUAAUAUUAUUUUCAUAAAAUAUAUAAUUUCCUGAAUAAUGUUUACAUUUUUGUAUCAUUUAAUAUUUGAAUGCGUAAAUAAAUUCUUAAAUUAAAUUUUUAAUUAGCAUAAGUAGAAAUUGUUCAUAUAAUCAUUAGAAACCGAUAUAUUGACAUUUGAAAUUGACAGGAAUAUAUUUGUUUUAUCGUUGAUUUUAGAAUAUACUUUUAAUAUAUUCUAAAAUAGUUUUACUGUGAUGCAGGGUCUAAAAUACAUCUGAUUUCAGAGGACACAUUUUUUGAUUCAAUUGUUACCUUUAACAGAUUCUCAUACCAAAAAAAGAAAAAUUAGGGGGUUGUAGCGCCCAAAAUUUUGGAACGAAUGCAGUUUAGCUCUCAAGCGAUUUUUUAGAAUAUUUUUUCCAAAUGUGUGUUUUACAUGUUUAGUUUGAUGGUACUUUCAAAAAAAGUCUCUCAAACUUCAUUUGGUAGUUAUGGUGAAAAACCUUCAAAAUGCUCGAUUUUUCCAAAAGUCGUGUUUUUGAGUUUAGGAUACCAAAAAAUGUAUAUUUUUGGAUUAUUUUUUUUAAAAAGCUAGUAAUUAUGUGCUUAACAUUUUGGUGAAAUCAGAGUUCAUUUAUACUAUAUAUCUACUUACUUUUUAUGUUAUUGUUAAUAAACUACGUAAAACCUAAUUAUAAUAUUAUUUCAAUCAUUUGCAUAUUAAAGUAAAUCAAAAUUGAUAUUUUGGACUUUUUUUUCAUACAGUGUGUAACACUAAAUGAAAUAAAAUUGAAUAUAUGAAUCAAAUAAAUGAAUAACAUAAAGAAGUUUUUGGUGAAAUUAGAACUAACUAAUAUUUUUUUGAUUUGGAAGACAUAGUAGAAAAAUGCAUCUUUUCUUUUUUUCUUUUCUUUUUCACCUUUGGAAAAAAUAUAGUUUAUUUAAUACUAUUUUAUUAAUUUUUACUUACUGAUUAAUUCUGAUUUCACCAAAAACUUCUUUAUGUUAUUACACACCGAAUGAGAAUAAAAAGUCCAAAAAAUCAAUUUUGAUUUAUUUUAUUAUGCAAAUGGUUGAAAUAACAGUAUAAUUAGGUUUUACGUGGUUUAUUAAAUAUUAACAAUAACAUAAAAAUUAAGUACGAUAGGUGAAUUCUGAUUCCACCAAAAUAUCAAGCAUAUAAUUAUUACCAUUUCUAAAAAACAUACUCCAAAAAUAUAAAUUUUUGUUAUUUAAACUCAAAAACACUAUAUUUUAGAAAAAUCGAGCGUUUUGAAGUUUUUUGACCAUAAUUUCCAAAUUAUCCGGAAUAUGAGAUUACAUGAAUGCGUCCCAAUAAAAAGCUAUCAUUUUUUCAACGUAUCUCGAAUGCGUCCCAGUUAAUUUAGAAUUAUCCAGGGUGCACCACGAGGAGGUGAACUGACUUAAACCUGAAAAAUAUUAGAUUAUUUUGUUAUCUAUUACACCCAUUUUGGUUGAUUGAGUGUUAUAUAAAAUAGAUACAGAAUACAUAGUCUUUAGAGUAGGUACUUAUAUUAUUUAAAUUUGUUAGCACAUGAAAACAUAACAAUUUUUACAUUUUUUUUUUAAAUCUUGAAAAUUACUGAAAUAAUUCAGUACCAGGUUACGGGAAAAAUUACGGCACUACACUCAUUCACUAAGUUAUUACACAACUACAAGCCAUACUCCAUAGUCUGAUUGAGUUUUAUUAUCGAAGUUGAAACAAAAUUCAGUUUUCCCACUGAUUAAUUAAUCAAUUAUUAAAUUUAUCAGCUUUUAAAUAGGUAUAAAUAGGUACCUAAGGUUACAUCGAUUCGUACUGCGGACGCACUGCGACAAUUCAAAGUAAUUGUUGGAUAAGACCGUGGACGCACUUGGAAUAUCUCCAAAUAUCCCCAGGACGGGCCGUCACCAAAUUUAUGAUUUGUUUUAAAUGGUUCCGAUUUAUAGUCAAUCAAGGAACCCAAGCUUUUUUUUAAUACAAUUUACCAUAUCAUUGAGAUGAGUCUAUUAAUUCAAAUAAUUCUUUAAUUUCGCACACAGAUAGCUAUUAUGACUUAGGCAUCCGCUAAGAACAGAUUUUAGAAAAUUCAUCCCAUAAGGCGGUAAAAUAGAGGUUUUUAGGUACGAAUAUCUAAUUGCCUAUUUAUUCAUUUUUAUUUAUUCAAGGGUUACCUUAUUUAUACGGAUGAUAAUUUGGUUUCCAUGGAAAAGAAAACUAUUAUAAAUAUUAUUAUUACUAUUAUUUACAUUAUUAAAAUUUCACAAUAGAACACAUUUAGUCCGUCGAAUGUGGACUCUCCACUUUCCAUCUAUUUGUUUUUAUUCAAUUCUGACACGGUCAAAACCAAAAAAGAGCUGAUAUUAGGGAUGAGAGCGGCCACUGUUGUAUAUGAGAAGUUGGGAAGGAAGCCGAUAGGAUACAUACGGUUAUUUUAUUUAUAUCUGUAACGAUAAACCAUUGCUUGACGAAAGACAAAUCUAAGCGCAGUUCGGUAAUACUUAAUUUGAAGUGCCGUAAUUUUUUCUGUGAUUUUCGUUUGAAUUUGAUUUCAAAACGCUUAAUAAAAAAAAAAAAAGUCGUCCGAUAAUUUUGGAAAUGUUAACACGUUUAGAUAAUUUCAAUAUAAGUAUUAUUGCCAAGUUUCAAGUCUCUACGUGUAUUUACAACCAAAUUACAGCAAAAAAACUCAAAAAUUAAAAUUCUUUAAAAGCUCAAAAGUGACUCAAAAAUUUUGGCGAUAAUACCGUCAGAAAUUAAAUCAAAAAGGCAAUGAAAAAAGCAUCUUAUGAUUUUUCAAUUAAAUCAUUUUUUCUGGUAGAAAAUGACCGUGUUUUUAUAAAAUAAUGAAAUCGUGAAAUUGUACGUUCUUCUACAUUUUUCCCCACUUAAGUGCUUUUAUUUAAAAAAUGGCGUCGAAAACUAAAAAAAUUGCCUGUUUAAAAUACAAUCUAGACAACUUGAAGUUUCAGAAAAGUUUUUCUACGUAAAAGUCGGAGAAAGUUUUCUAGGAAAUAACGUGUACAUAGACUAGAACAAAGGAAGAAAAAAAAUAGAAAUAAACAGCAUUGUAAAACCAAUAGCUCUCUUUCGCUCGGAAUCUUAAAUUAUAUUUACGGCCGAAUUAAAAUGUGAUGUAUUAUAAUAUAAUAAUUAUAUAUUUAUAAAAAAUAUUAAAAAAUUGAUUUAUUAAUUCAUAACUUAUAUACUUUGGUAUUUAUUAUAAUAAUAUAUUAACUUAAUUAUUUUUUAUACAAAAUUGAUCCCUCUCUAUAAAAAAAAUUUGAAAAUACGCCAUUGGCAGGGCGUUCUAAGGUCGUGGCAAGCGGGGUCCUCGCCCCGAGCCCCAUGCGUUAGAUUUCUCGUUAAGUCCCACGUGAGUUAUAUAAAUUUAUAAUAAAAAUACAGUGAUAACAAAUAAAAAUAUAGUAUUUAAAACCAAAUUGACUUAUUUCAGUAAGGGAGAAAUUUUUAUUUAACUACAACGAUUUACAUAAUGUAAUAUACAAAUCUGUGGCUUGGUGCAAGAAGGGCCAAUGUUAAAUUAUGUGAUUAUUGGGAAAUGGACUUUGAAAUUUUAAUUCCCCAUAAGGCUCUGUGUAUUUUAUUAAAUGUAAAUGUUUUAGAUUUUAAGUGUAGCUAAGAACGUAUUGGUUUUACUAAGAUGUUUAUUAUUUUUAUCCUGUGUACAAAAAUUCGACCAUUAAUCAUGCUUAGAUAUAUACGCGUAGUACCAUUUCUAAAAAUAAAUGUUGUCUAGAUGGUAUUUUUGGGAGGUCAUUUUUUGAUUUUCCAAGCGGUUAUGAUAAUAUCUGGAGAAAACCAGGAUAAAACGUAAGAAAAACGGGAAAUUUACAAAAAUAAUGCUUUUCUUAUUUUAAAACUAUUUAUUUGUUGUAAUUCAUUUAAAAAUAUAUAGUUACACCACACCAUUUAUAGUGUAUUAAACAAAUUAUCACUACAAUAUUAUUAUUAUCAAGCCAUUUCCGUAGUAUGAUAAUGAGGAAUAAUGGAAUUUCUAAAAUUAAAAUUUGUACAUAAUAAUGUGAUAUGUGUUUUUUUAUCUGAUUAUUUUUGUUUUUGAAUAUAAUUAGCAUAUAAAUAUAAUAUUUUUAAAAUUAUUUUUUUUAAAUAUAUAAAUACAUUUGAGAAGACGUCAUAAAUUGAUAAAUUCAAAAAGAAUUUAAAGGAAUUCUUAAAAUGAUUUAUUUAAUCGUCUGAAUCGUUCAUUCGAACUAAUUCUUUUGUGAACUGCACAUCUUUACAAUACGCUAAGAUAUUUAAAAUAGACUAUAAUAUUGUCAUUAUAUUAUAAUUACUAGAUUUUUAACAGACUUCUUCCGUAUCUUUAUUCCCUCAAUAUUCUAAAUGUAUUUUCUCUUCUCCUGUAUCUUACUUACUCCUAUAUCCUACCCGACAAGCUUUAACCAGCAGCUCGUGCAUAAUAAAAUAACACCAAAAAUUGAAAAAUAACAGUAAAAAUCUAAAAUACUUCAAGUAUGGAAAAAAAAGUAGUAUACGCUUUUAUAUAUGGAGUCUAGUGCAUACAUUCUUUUAAGGCCCUGCUAAAAGAGUUAUGCCCCGGACCCCACAAAUUGUAAGAACUGUUCCGUUCAUUGAUUCAUUAAGUUAAAUACCAUAAUUACAAUAUAAUUAUUUUUUAUUUUUAAUACAUUCGUGUCUAUGAUUUAAAUAUUUUACAACGCAAACGUCGUAUUCUGAAACGAUGUUAUCUAUUUUUAAUAAAUCGCGAUAAUGUUCCUUGCAUUAUUUUUUAGUAGAACAUUAAUUUUAUUUUCUCAUCAUUUUUAGGCGUACGGCUGCUGCUGGUAAAUAUACGUAUACGAGUACACGAAAAGUUGAAAAUUAAACACACGUGACUUUACGCAUUCUUACCCGUGUCGUGGUACUCGAUUCGGAACCGUUUUCUCUGCAAUAAGUAUAUUACUGCAGCAGUCUUUUUCUUCUUCCGUAGAGAUAUUCGCCUACUUUUAUAUCAUUACACGCGCAAGUGGAAUCGGUUACCUACACUCUUAAGUAAUAUUAUUCUCGUAUUUCAUUCACUGGGUAUUAUUAUACGAGUGUAUCGUUUAUAAACCUGCGAAAAUUCACACCAUGAAACCGACGAAACACUUCUCUUAUUACGGUGAGUAUAUUACUUAUUUACCUAAUACUUUUAUUUUGCCUAUAAAUCGGCCACAUUAUACACUGUGUACACUGUAUGGAGUGCAACUUUUAAUAGCUUAAUUGGUAAAGUUAAGGAAAUACAGGAUGGCUGUACAUAUAUAAAACUCAAGAUUUUAAUUUGUUUUACCUGUUAUUUAUUUAGAGUUGCCUCAAGAGAUUACAAUUUUAAGAUUUUAGGUGAAAAUUUACAUUUUUUUAUUUAUGUAGGGAAUCGUUACACACAAUGAUGGUAGAAUGGUUGUAGUAUUUAAAGUUAUCGAUAUAUCUUUACUGAUAUUGGUAAAUUGAUAAAUGGUUAUAACAGAACAAAUAAAUACUAUUGAGGGGUGUGAAAAAAUAGAAAACAAAAACUACUGUGUGUAAUAUUAUAGCGAUGAAAGAGAUGCAGCCAGCGAAGUGAUUCGAAAUGUUAACUUUUGCUACACCCUAUAUAAUAUAUAUUAUGUUGUUAUUAUAAUUAUUAUCACCAGACGGUGUCAUAUCUCGGCAUGUAUAAAACUGUGACAAAGAAUUUUUUUUUGGUCUCAUGCCCUCUUGAAUUGAACGUCGUUAUUUCUUUUCUCUUGGCUUGGAUUUAAUAUUAUUAUACUGUUGCAGUAUAAUACACGUAAUAAUAAUAAUCAGUAUGAGCUCAAUAAUUUCUUAACUAAAAUAUUUUUUUUUAGUAUACCGAAGUAAUAAUGUCCGAGAGACGAUUUUGUAAACAAUAUUAUGCAUUAUAUAAUCUAAGUAGAUAAUAUUACAUACAAUUAUUUGUGUGAUGUAUAGUUUGUUCAUAUAGCAGGAUUUAACUUAAAAUCUAAAUUUAAAGUGAAUGAUUCGAUGACAUUUUCUUUAAAAUUGUUUUUUUAAAUUUCUGUGAGGGAGGAGUAAAGGAUCGAUCGCCCCCCUCCCCUUGUGCCACUGUUUUUAUUUAAUUUUUUUAAAUUCUAAUAUCACCGUACUAGUAAUAUGUAUUUAAGAUACACUAAAUAAUGAAAAAUUUUAGUAGGUUUUCAGCGUUAUGCAGGCGUAUUCUCCCUAGAUUUUUAUCCAGUUAUACUACUGCUACAAUAGAUAAAGAUAUUGUCAUCAGACCUCUCCUGCGCAGGGCUGAAAGUAACACAAAAUUACAAAAGGUACUGCGUGAUCUUUAAGUAUUCCUCGAAUCUAGUAUCUUUUUAAAUAGAUUAUGUUAAAGAGGACACCUUUUAAUAAGCACGAUCUGAGAUAUAUGUCCCUUAUCACUUUAGUCCCUGGACCUGUGAGUUUAUUCGAUUUUCUUUACAUGAAAAUACAUAUAUGUAUGUAUUCAAAUACAAAAUUUAUCCUUAACGAAUAAAUACAACUAACAACAAUCAAAAUUUAAAAUAGCUUGUUAAAAUAUAAUAUAUUCAACAAUUUCCUUUUCUAGCCGUUUACAGUGCAUAUUAUAUGAAAAUACCGUUAUUGAUCAAAGUGAAAAAAGGCUUAAGUGAAUUUUCAAUUAUAUAACAAGUAAUUAAAUUUUGGAAAUUGCUGAAUAAAAUAAGGCAUAAUUACUGAACGGCUAAAUUGCUAAAUAGUCUAACUUAAGUAAGGCAUUAUAAUAAUAUAUUGUUAGUAAUAAUAGUUUAUAAAUAUAUGACGCAUGUUUUUUUACCAAACAAAAAGUAUAUAAUAGUGACUUAAGAUAUAUUGAUAUGCAGCAUAAGAUUUGUUAGAAUAAUUAACAAUUAUGAUAUUAAGGGGAAAAAAUUGCAUAAAUAUACGUGUAUAAAAUAAAAUUAUUAAAAAAAUACCAAACAUUGACUUAAGCUCCUCUUUCCUGGGACUAAAGAUAUUACAGCCGGCGAUGCAAUUAAUAAUUCGCUACUUGGAUGAAAUAUCGCCAAAAGUUUUCAUUUACUGUACAGUAUUUCACUAAAUCUAUUCGAUAACCAGUAACUGUAGACCGUUAAUGUACGAAUAGUUAUUAAUAUUUGUUUGGCAAUUUCGGCAACCUAGUUGUCUAAAAGUACAUUCGGUUAUCAAACAAUUGUAACAGUAAAUUAUCCAUCCAAAACAGUUUGUUCACUAAAUUAUUAUAAUUUCUUGGUAGUAACUAUAGUACCGCCAAAUUACGACUAUUAUCGCGUUGUAUAUAAUUGAAUUAUUAUACAAAACGCCCAGACAUUGACUCGUGUUGCAAUUAACUGUUACAGUUAUUUGUUUUAUUUUUUUUUUUAUUAUUUAUAUUUGAGGAAAAAAAAUAUUACAUUUAUAUUACGACAUAAUAAUAACGUAGUGUAUUAUAUAAUAAUAUAAUAAUAUAUACUUACAAUCUCUGUAAAAAUAUACAUUUUAAAUUUAUCUCAUCGUAUAGUACUAUAGUAUUAUACCUAUACUACUAUAUUAUUUUUUAAGUGCAUUUUGGACGCUAUCGCGGGUUGAAGAUACAACAAUAUCAUAUUAUAUCGAAUAAAUAAUGUAUAGUAAAUAUGUAUAUAUAUUAUACCAACGGAUGUUUACACUGUAAUACAUAUAUAAAUAGUAUUACACAACGUCUCGGACAGAUAAAUACAGUAAAUAUUAUUAUCGCGCUCGUCGAUUAUCGCAAAAAAUUGUAAAAAAAAUAAAAUUGUUUACAUCUGCAUUGAGUGUAAGCAGGGCCGGAUUUAGGAAUGUGGAGGCCCUGGGCUCACCUUAGAAGUAUAUAUUUUCGAUAACAUAUAUUUAAUAUUGUAAUAUAUUAUUAAAACUUUAUAAGUGAAUUUAAUUUAAUAAUAGGUAUAUUAACAUUUACCGAAAAACAAUAUUUAAUUAUAAAUAAAAUUAUGGUUUAAAAAUAUUUAUAUUAUAAUGCCAAAAUAAUAAUAACAAAAAAAAAAUGUAAUACAAUAAGAGUAGGUAGUAAAUUAUGUUCAUUAAAUAUAUAUUUACUAACUAGUACUGUCACUAUAUAUUUAUAUCGUAUAUCUACAUAUUACAUAGUCUAUAAUAAUAAUAUUAAUAUAAUACUAAAUAGUAUAUAAUUAAUAAUAAUUUUUAUUAUAUUGCAACUUUGCGAGAUUUCGUCGUUGCAAAUUUUUCAACUACUUGAGAAAAAUCCAAUGCUUUAAGUAUUUCACUUUCUAUACUUAAAGUGCAAGGGUUGAUAGUCGACUUUGUGUCAUCGAAGUUCGUAGUCGAUUUUUUAUCAACUUCAUUUUUGAAAACGAUCGUUCCCCACUGCAGUUAGNUAUAAAAAUAUUUCCCAUUGCUCAUUAUCUUUACGCGUUUCUACAUAUAUUUUGACAAAUGAACUGAACUGUAUGAAUUCAUUACCAAGUGAAGAUUUCAAAUCAUUGGGGUAAAUGCUAACAAGAUAAUUUGCAGCAGAUUGUAGCUCAGAAGUUUCUAAUUUUUCAAAUGUAUUUAAAAAACCAAAACGUUGACAAAUUGUUUCGUAAGCAGUUACUCUUUCGGUUAAUGAUACUGUCAAUUGAUCAAUUACUGAUAUGAAGCUUUCUGAUCUGAAUUUUUCUCUUGGUAAUAACUGAGUUGAGGCUGUUUGAUUAUUAUUUAAUGAACUGAGUCUAACAUUUUUUUUCCGAUUAUGAAUUGGCGCAUAAUCUUUUAAUCCUGACAUGUCUUUUGCCUUUUCUUUGUAUACUUCAUAUUUGUUUCGUAUUUCUCGAACAAAUGAUAAAAGUGAAUUAAGAGCAUUUACAGCAGUUUGAAGAACUAUUUUUGGGUCUUGUAAAAUAUGAUUUGUUGAAUCAAACCUCUCUAAAAUAUCAUUCCAAAAAAUUGCAUAAAAUGCCACUUCAAAUUGACACAUUGAUUCGUAAAGUUUUUUAGAUUGGAUAUUAACAAUGUCUUUUUGAUCAAGAUCGUUUGAAAUUUCUACCAAAGCUUCUUUUAUAUAAUCAUAACCAAAUACAACAGCUUUUGUUGCGUCUGCCCGAUAUGACCAACGGGUUUCGUUCAAAUUCUUUAAAACGUAAACACGUUUAUUUUUUAUCUAUGCAACCUUUUUUUUUUUAAAAAAAAAGUGCAUAACGUGCAUAACAUCAAUGUUAAAUAUAAUCUUUAUCUACGUUAUUGCAUGUUUUUAUAUAAAACCUAUUCGGCACGUAUUUAUCAACAGCGGUCGGGCGGCUUGCUAUACAAAUAAUAUGUGUUUAUUUAUAACUGAUUGUCUCAAAAUUUAAAACCAUAUCAAAUUAGAAAUAUUAUUUAGUUGGCCUUAUCGCUUAUCCUACUCUACGAGACAUAAUAAUCUAUUUUAAAUUACUUUAAUCAUUUUACUAUAUAAAAUAUNAACAUUAUACAUUAUACAUUACACUUGGAUGCAAAAAAGUCCCAUUAAGUGGGGGGCCCUCAUUUUGUGGAGGCCCGGGGUCCAGGGCCCCCUGGGCCCCCCUUAAUCCGGCCCUGAGUGUAAGUAUAUUAUAAUAAUAUACGAUUCUUCUUUCGUACGUAUAAUACUAUAAUGCUUAAUGUAUACUUUUGAUCAGGUUUUUAUUUUUUCUUAUAUUAUGCAAAUUAUUUUUAUUAUCUUUGAAAAGAUGAAAAUAAUAUUUGUAUAUUCAUUCCGGUUUCAAAUGAGUGGUUUUUAAAUCGUUUUAUUUGUUUUCGCGAGUCGCGGUUCAAACCCGAAAAAUCAUCGCCGCCAUGUAUAUAAUAUGAACAAUUUCGUUAAAAGGACAUGAUUAUUAAUAUAUUUUUUUUAAAACUUAUUACAAAAAACUACCGUCCUAUAAUUUAUACCAUACAACUAUUUUGCUUCGAAAUAUUAGAAACAACAUAUCGUCCCGUGUACCAGAUUUAUAUAUAUUUUAUUUGAAUAUGUGUGGACUGUAGGUAAUUAGGUAUGCCCUCAUCGAUAAAUAUCAAUCUGUGGUCGGAUUACAGCUUGGAUUUUCGAUUUUCGAACCGUUUGUAUUGCUCGGUAUGUAAAACAUCAAACAUCAAUCAUUAUAAAUAUUUCUAGUGCAAGUUACAUAAAUUAUUAUAUUUUAUCUAAUAAAAUGGGUCUCUGUAGCAGUUAGCUAGUUAACGUGUGCUGUGAGCCAAAUCCAAAACGUGGUCAUAUUAUACUUGAUAACGAUAUAAAUAUUUUAUAGUAAUUACUGGACUGAUUUUUAGAUUCUAAAGAGUACAAAGGAGAAUUAAUUUUACAAAAAUGUAUUUUUUUUUUGUCACUGAAAACCUUAAAUCUUUAACUUUAAAUGAUACAGAUUUUUUUGUCUGGUAUUUCAUUUGAACAUUUCAAAUUUUCUAAAACUUUUUACAUACAAUUCUUUUUUAUGUUUUUUAUUGCUCUAUUUUUUUCACUCAUUAUCUACCUACCUCAACAAAUGCAGAAAUUGUAAAGUACGUUCUAUGUUAUUUGCAAACAUUUUUCAAAAUGGUCAGUUUUUCAUCCCUUAGCACUUUUUUUGUUGGUUUCUUCAGUGUCGCAAGCAUAGAUAAAGUUAUAAUCUGUUCCAAAAUUUGUUGUUUUUUUUAUAAAUUAUACUUAGUACAAUGUAUUUGCAUAAUUUGAGUAAAGGUACAAUUUCAGAGAUUUCCUUGUAAUUUUAAACAACUCACUUCACUAGUAAGUUAUCAUCUCGAAAAGCUAUCCAGAAAUUUGUUCAAAAUCAGCCCCCAAAAUAAAUUGUGUGUACUACGAUACACCUUCUGUAAUACGAAAAGUGAAGUGUGUUAUUCAAAUUAAACCUUUAUAAUAUUAUGUAUGAUUUUAUAGCUUCACAUUUUUUGUUUUUAUUUUAAUGAUUUUUUGUCAAACUACAUUUUAAAUAUUAUCUAUAUUAUAGAUAGGCACACAGUAAACUAUAUUUUGUGUUGUUAUUUAUUUGUUAUUAGUAUUCAAUGUUAAAUUGUGUAGCUAUUUUUAUUUUUAUCAGCUUGGUCGGUAGUAAACGAUGGUGGUAGCAUACUAGUGUUUAUCUAGGAAUAACCCGCAUACGACACUGCUAUAGCCGUCACUGUUGGUAUUAUUAUUAGGGUUCGGAUGUUUAUGAAAUUGCAUAUUUUUUCUGUUUGUCUAAUUCAAUGCUGACCCGGAUACAAAUUUGAUUUUUGUUCUACUGAAUCAAAUAAUACUAUUUUUACUUUACAUAUUUUUACAUAUUUUAUGGUUUUGUAUUUUAAAUGCAUAUUUUGAGAUUUUAAGAAUAUAAAUGCAUAAUUCAGUACAUUUCCGAACUUUUUUAAAAACAAUAUAAAUCAAUAACGAAAUAUAAAGCAAAAAAGCAUAAACCCAACUAAGGGGUUACUAGGGGGUCUUUAGCACUCUCAAAAAUACCUAAUGUGUUUUUUUAUAGUAUCGGCUAAAUCUGUAAGCAACGAUAAACCAUUGCUAACGAAAAAAACGAUUCUGAGCUUAAUAAUAUUGCUUUGUCAACAAUACAAUAUAUAGUAUUAUGUCAUAUUAUGGUAAAAUGAUUAAAACAACGUGCGUUUCCAUGAUAACAAUGAUAGUAAAUAUAUAUAAAAUAAAUAUAGAUAUAUAUAUAUAUAAAAUAAUAAAAACUUAAUAAUAACAAAAAAUAAAUAAAACCGGUAACCAAUGAUAACUUUAUUUUUAAUCUUUCAAUUUGUUUUUAACCUAAUGACCAAGGUUUUCAUCAUUAUCUCGAAUAUUAAUGAGAAUUUCAAAAAAAACCCUGUACAAAGUACUACCUAGAGAAAAUUUCCUUUCAAAAAAGGUGCUGUAUAUGAUAAUCGAAGUAUGAUUUCUGGUAGUAAAAGAGUUCACAUAAAGAAAAAAAAAUAAACAUCAUUGUAAAACCAAUACAUUCCUCGUUUCACUCAGAAUCUAAAAUAAUUACUAAACAAAUUACAAACAAAAAUAAAAUACUUAGAGUGAAAUCAAUUUUUUUAUUGCAUAUUUUGGUUUUUUAAUUUUUAGUGCAUAAUUUGAUUACAUAUUUGGUAAUUUUAUAGUUCAUAAAUGCAUACAUAUUGCAGUUAUUUUAAGUGCAUAAACAUCCGAACCCUAAUUAUUAUUGUAACUUAAUAUUAACCAAAUACUAUACAAUAUAUUUUAGUCGCAGCUAUUUUUGUACGUCUAUACGGUCAUGCUAUUAUCGCUAUUCUGAUAUUUUCUUAUAGUUAACUAAUUUAGAUUUAAGUAAUAGUUUUUUUUAUUUCUACGUUUUAUACCACGAACUUAACAAUGGACACAUUUCUAAUAAAAUUAAAUGGCAACUACUACCUUAUUGUAAGAUCCAAUAUCGUGGUACCUCUAUUUAAUAAACUUCUAUUAACGAAACUCUAUAUAACAAUUGCUUUAUAGAAUCAUACAUUUGUCAUUCAAAAACGUUUCUACUAAUCAAAAACUUCUAUUUAACGAAUUAAUUUUGUGUUAUUUUUCUAUAACAUAUUUAAACAAUUUUUGUUACAUAUUUAUAAAAUAGGCACACACUUAUCCAUCAGAUUUAUUUAAAUAAAUAAAUUAGUUUAAACAACUUAUUAAAAUAUAUUUAUACACAUUGUUAAUUUAUAUUAAGCGUUAUUGAUUGAAGAAGGAAGUCCAUAAGCAUUAGUGAUAGUUUUCAAAGCUUUGAUUUUUUAUUUAGAUUUGUCCGAUUUAGAAAUAUAUGUGUAGUACGAAAAUUUAAAUAUUUUAGGGGCUGUUUUGUUGAAAUUCAUAAGUCUCCCUAAAACAAAUUCUGGUUGAUCCAUUGGAUUUCUUUGGCCACAAGGAAAAAAACACGACUAAUAUUAUACUCCACUCAGAAUGAUUUUUCGUUUGUAAUGGUUUACCGUUACAUAUACCAGUAUAACAACUAUAUCACCCUAUAUGUCCUACCUUCCCAACCACCCACCUAUAACAGUGGUGAGCAGUAUCGACUUUUUUUUUUCAAAAAUUGUUUACACCCACAUUAUGCCGUUCAUUAUAGUAAGUCGUACAACUAUACACUAAUUUAUUUAUAUAGUAUGUUUCUCCGUAUACUCGUAUAUAUAUGUAGGUACAUCAGUAUAACCUAACAAUCAACAGGCUAUUAUAUUAUUAUUAUAAGUAUGCGUAUCGUACUUAUCACAGACUUUUUUUGUAAAAAUUAUUUUUUUAUUAGGUAUAAACAGUAAUUUGUUUAUUAUAAUACACUUUUUAAAUAUUGCUUGUUAGAAUUAAUUAAUUAAUUAAUUAUUACUAUUAUUAUUAUUAUUUCAAGAAUAGUAGACAAGUUUAUUUAAACCUCUGGGAAAAUAUCGCAAAUGCCACUGCGUGUUUUCGAAUAUAAAUAUAAUUUGUAUAUUAUGAAAAUAGCGGCGGAUGUGUAUGUUUUCAACAACUUUCAGGAAAACGAGUUUAAAGUUGAUUCAUUUUAGGAUAUACAAUAAAAAAUCAAAUUUUUAAUGGAGUUCAUUCGUUUUUUUUAUGUAUAUAUAAUGUAUAAAUUCAUUUUCAAAAGGUAGUGAAAAUUACAGAUAUUACAGUAAAAUUAAUCGUUUUCACCACAUCAUAUAUUUUAGUUUAAACUACACGAAUACAUCAAUAAAAUAAAUUUUUAAAAGACUAAUGGGAAGUUGGAAGAGUGGAUACAUUGAGUACCCCAUUUAAUUUAUACAUUUAUACACUGCAACGAUAAACCAUAGCUAUGAAAAACGAGCAGAGUUUUUCUCUCCCUUGUUUCCAUAGUAACCCAAAAAUAAACAAAAAUUAUACAACAAAUUUCUAGUUUUUUCGAUUUAUUAAGAAAACUUCAAAGGAAACAAAAAAUAAUUGGCGCAUUUCGCUACCCGCAAUGUACCAAUAAUGUCAAAAAUGCUACAAGAAAGUUUCUGUACAGUUUUCGAUUGAAAAUAAAAGUAGAAUUUAAUGUAGUAACUUUUCUUUAUACGAAUUUUAAUAUCAAAUUUUGACAAUAAUUAUAAAUAUUACGGUCUUUCAAAACACGUGUAAUCGAACUUCUCUCCGAAUCAUUUUUCGUAACCAAUAAUUCGUCGUUGUUUAAGGAUAUAAAUUUAAAACUUAAUGUAUCCUAUCUUCUAAACUACCCAUUUACAAGAGUAACACACCUGUCCCCAGUAUCAGCACUUCUUAUUUUUUUUGGAAAAUCUAUUAAAACCCAUUUCUUGGACCCGUUAUUUUACCGCAAUCAUUUUACACGGAUACCUAGUAUGCAUAUUGUUCUGAUAAGUUGGCCCGAAUGCAUCGUUUGGUAAUAAUAUCAUAGCAUACGUGAUUUAUUUAAUAAAUGAUUCUCAUUAUAAAUUAAUAUUCGAACUAGAACGUUCGAAUAUUAAUUGUGAUUGAUUGUGGUGUAUAAAUUGAAUAGUACAACAAAUGCGUACAUGUAUGUAUUGUAUAUGUAUAACUAUUGAUUUUAUAAUAUAUACUAAUAUAUUAUAAAAUCCAUAGUAUAAACUUAAACUUAAGGGAAAUAAUAUAUGAUCAAAAUAUCUUCCCCUGAUCUCUUAAUCACUUAACUCGUUAAAUUUUAACAUAAUAUAAUCAAGAAUAUGUUACACAAUACAGUUAGUAAAAUAUAAACAUUUUAUUAUAUUAUACUAGUUGAAUUACCCGGCAACUAUUUCCCUAUUAUUCUCAUCACAGUCAAUAGUGUGCUAGGUAAUAUUUAUCUUUUAAAAAUGAUAUUUCUUUGUUCGUGAAAAAUUAAAUAAAUAUAAUAACUGUUUUUUCCAUAUUGCCAAGAUAAUCCAUAAAAAAAAAAGGUUAAAAAUAAAAAUAAAACACUGUAUCAGCAACUCUAUAGAAUUUAGGGAUUGAAUUUCCAGAUGAAAAGUAGAAAUUGAAAGUUUUAAAUUAAGUAAUUCGUAAUUAUCGCAUUUUACGACGGUCUAUCAUAUAUUAAUGGUAUUAUAUAUAAUAAAGGUAUUAUAUAUUAAAGAUAUUUAAAAAUGUAUAUGAAAUUUCGAUCGUAAUAACAUACGUAAUUUCGAAUAUACCAAAAAAACCGUAAAGGCCAAAAUUGAUUAGGAGAAUCAAUCCAAUCCGAAUUUAGUCUCAUAAACAGUGGUUGCUGAAUCCUGAAUAAGACAUUUUUAUUUUACCGCACACGCGCGCACAAUAAAUGGUCAAAAAUUGGAAUUUAUCGACAAAAAAAAAAAAGUGAAUUUAUAUGUCCUGUUUGCAGUAAAAUAAAAAAAACCCCUAAGCAAAUUCAAUGGCAUGCGUUCGAAUUAUGUUUACCUGUUGCCUUUAGAAAUGAACGGGGCGUAACGACGACACGCGUUUUCGUGAAUAAAAUAUUAUAAUAAUAUCUAAACUUCCGAAAAAACGGAGGUUACGGUUAUUGUUUAUUUUACAAUAAUGUACAGGUAUAGUACCGCGUAAUAUACACGGUUAUACGAAAUAACCGACUCGCUAUUAUACAUUAUUAGGUGCAUACAGCUGGUACAUAAUACAAUAAUAUAGGCGAUCAACCUAUUCGUCGUGUUUGUAUAAUAGUCAAUAAUUAUUAGUGCACGGGUAUAACACUGUAUUAUCGCUAUUGUGUGUAUAAGAAUGUACGGUUUGCGAAUAUUUUAAUAUUAUAGCUACACGAAUAAUAGCGGCGAACGGGUUUAGUGUUUGUAAGGGACACCGCUUGCUCCUUAUAGAAAAUAAUACAGUUUUCUCCGCGGGCAUCUAUAUACACGUCGGUGUACACGAAUCUAGGUCAUGCAUGCAGAUGAGACUAAUACUGUCGCGUGACGUGGGUUUUUUCCGUGUAAGUGCAUCAAAAUUCAAUAAUAUAAUUUUCAAUACGCACGAAAUUCGUAAUUCCGCCGUAUAAUACGUCAACGACAAGGCGACGCCCGCGCGAUUUCUCCACGAGCGUACAUAGUCCACAAACGUAUCGGGCAGGUGGGUACAGCAGUUAUUAUAGGUAGGUGUUUGUUUUUUCGUCGUCGCGGUCUUUCAUUUUGUUUUUUUUUUCUUGUAAAAAUUUACAUAAGAACAGGUAUAUUUGAAUAAUUACGCAGUUUUCAAAAUUAAAAUAAUACGCGAGUCCUUAGAAAAAAAAAAAAACCGAAAUUAGGUAUAUUGAAUAUACUCAAUGAGCGAAACUCGUAAAAAAAAAUUACACUUAUUAUUGGCACUUGUUUUAAAAAGACACCUCAACUAAAAAUACCUACAAUAUAUUAUUCUAAAACGACCGUGACUAAUAAAGAUUUCUUUUUCGAUAUUCCGUGGCAUUGCGUGUGACGGUGGGAGCCAGGGAGGAGGAGUUACUCUUAACUAAUAUUUUUAAUAGCAGCGAGGAGAAAAUUUUGUAAUAUUAGAUUCUGAGCGGAGCGAGGGACCCCUGGUUUUCCCUAUUUGUGCUGCUACCUUUGCGUCAAUUUAUCUUACGCGGACUGUAAGUAUAAAACAGCUUUUACUGUAAGUAAAAUAACUUUGUAUACAUUUUGACUAACCGAUAACAAUUAUAAAUGUACCUAUAAAUAAUAAUAAAAGCUAUAGUUAAAUAGGUGUAAAUUAUAAUACGAAAAUGUACUUGUCUAAACUUCAGAAUCUUCUAUAUAUAAUCCAAAUAGACUGAUACGUAGUACUAUGCACUAUGUAUAUGCCAAUUGCUAAAUGACAACGGAAAGCCAAAAACAGAAAGUAGUGACUCAAUAAAAAAUAAUUAAAUAUGACGUCUGUGUUCGAUAACCGAGUACAAUAAACUUGUAGGUACUAUUAUUAAUAUUUAUAUUAACUGAUGAAGUCAGUUUCGAGUGAAUCACAAAAAUAAUAUUCAAAUUUCAAAAUAAACACUAUUGAUAGUGGUUAGUCAAUAACGCGGCCACGCGACGUUUCUUGUGAAUAAGGUGAACAUCUCCACAGCACUGAUUUAAACAUAUUAUUUUAUUUUUAUUAACUUUGAAUAUUUGUGUGUUUAUGUGUAUUAUAUAAUAGCAGUAUUUUUCAUCGACUCAUUGUCGUCAAUUUAAGUAGCGAUCCACUGGAAAAAUAGGCCUAUCCACCCUUCCAGUACUUGUCCCACGAAAACAAUGCUUGGAUGUGAAAUUGUGUCAUAUUAAACCUUUUUUAGGGUAGUUUGGUACCACUCACAAAAAUUGCUAGUUUUUCCCAUUUAUUAAAAUAACUACUUGGAAAAUUAAAAACGAACUCUCUAAUGUACCAACUAGUUAAAAAUGCUAAAAGAAAGUUCUUAUACAAUUUUUGACUGAAGUAAGAUUUCUGGUAUAAAAAAAUUGAUUUUUAGACACAAAAAUUCAAAUAAAAACCAAUAAAUAUUUCUCUCUUCAUUCAGAAUACUAAAUAUAUUUGUUUAGUUUUUGUGUACGAUUGACGGGAAUGUCAAUAAAAUGUUUGACACUUAAAAGCGCAUUAACUUUACUACAUUUUUUUUCAAUUCGCCAGUUUCCAUUAUAAGUGGGCGUUGUGAUAUUCGAUUACAAAAAAUGUUUAAGGCAUGUUUAUCUCGCACGCUCGAGCCAUAUCUAUAGUAGAACUAUUACCGAAUUUUUACGACAUAUAAAAAAUAAUUGUGUCUGCGUUUAUUAUUUAUUAUUUCGAUAAAAAAUCUACCAGAAGAAAUCAUUCAAAACGCUUGCUCCAAUCAUAAAACCGAUAAGAGUUUCUUUGUCGUAAAUUUUGUUUAAUUGCUGGACAGUGACGUAGAAGUCUUGUGAGGGAAUAAACAAUUUUUGAAAAUUGUAUAGAAAGGGAGGUAUAAACUUAUAAGCUUAUAUAAAAUGUUUUAAAGAUAGAGGGGUUAAGGUUUAGAAAAAAAAGAUCAUAACAAGUGUAUUAUAAUUGUCUUCAAUUUUGAUAAGAAAAUUAAGAGGUAAUUGGUAAAUAUAAUAACUGGAUGCAGAUAUGAAUAACAAACACAUUAUACAAUUUAUAAUAAGAAUAACACAUAUACUCUUUUUGGCUUUAGAGCCAUUUCAUUCAGUACCUACGUACUUUUGAUAUAUUCAAUUGGUAUAUUAUUAUAGAUUACCAGCAUAGCAUUACAUAGCUUUAAAUUAACACAAUAUUUAGUUGUUACUGUUGUUAGGUAUAAUUAAUGUAAUGUUUGUAUAAUACUAUUAUAGUUAUGUUUGUAUUAUAAUUUUCAAUUAUAAAUAUACCUGACAUCGUAUCUCAUAAAUAUGUUUUGAUUUUUCUUUAAGUAGAGAACAUGUGUUCAUAAGUAGUAUAGUCGAUACGGGUAAUGUCAAAGCCGACCUGUCUAAUUUUAUUAUUUUAAAUUUUGUUUUUUAAUGUGAUUUAGUUUGAAUAUUCGUAUAUAAUGUUGGCAGAAAAUUUAUACUGGUUUUUUUCUAGACGUGAUGAAAUUUUCAAAAUAUUUCAGCUAUUUAUAGACAUUUUAAUUUUAUGAGUCUCUUACAUAAUUUGUAUUUGGUACCUAGGUACUCUGUGGAUAAAAUUUUUAUACCAAACAGAAAUGCUUGAAAAUUUGACAGGAGGUUCUUCGAAUGGUUCUUCGUUAGCAAUGGUUUAUCAUUAGUUACAGGUAUAAAUUAAAUAACUUUAUUGCAGGGAUCCCGUGUAUAGGGGAGCUCUGAGACUGCAUCCCCCCUCCGUGAGCUUGAUAAGACGGAGCUCAGCCCCCUACGGUACUCAUAUUAUAGAAAAAAAUAAAUAUUUAUCAUAUACUUUCUCAAAAUAUUAAUUUUAUUUGUAACAAAUUAAUUGAGAAAGAUAAGUUUUUUUUUUUUUUAUAUUGACAGCAUAGAAAAAGUGUAGAUUUUGGUAAUCAACCAGGUUCUUUGUUAACUGGAGUCUGGUGUCGAGCAUUUUUUUAUUUUUGUCUUGUGAUUUUUCAUAAUGCUAAUGUUAUUAAAAUGUUAUUAAAAUUAAAUAACUUAUGACAUACAAAACAACAAAUAACUAUAUUUUAGUAAUUGUUUUAAGAAUAAUUUAAGGAAUAUAAAAAUAGGAAAUAUAUGGUAAGAUUUAAGUAAAACUGUGCAUGUGUUUAUAAAAUAGUAAGUCCCCCAUGACAUUUUCAUAACUUGGUGUUUCUGACUUUAUAUAACGCACGUUCCCAACUAUUCACCUACGAAAGUGACCACACCCAAAAAUAAUCGUAGAGACCUAAAUUGUCCACUGGAUAUUAGUCUUUUCUAGACGUAUUAAAAUUUUCAAAACUAUCGUGUAUUGUUAGGUUUGUUUAAGCCAUUGAGAAGGGAUAUAACCCUUUAUUCCCCCCCCCUCGUACAUUUCACUGUAGGGACUAAAUACACUUUUUAGGAUAUUGGUCUGCUCUAACGUUUGGUUUUACACAAUUUGUAGUUUUAAAUUAAAAUGUGUAGUUUUAAAUGAAAUGUGCAAUUCUUAAAACCAUAUUAAAAACAAAUAUUUUUUUCAGUUCUAAUUAAAAGAAAUAAAGGUUAAAAUCAUUAAAAGUAUUUUGAUGGUAGGUACGUGUUUCCUGAAGUCAUCUUGGAAAAUAAAAAUUCAUAUUGAUGGCGGAAUCCGUCGGUGGUUCGAAAGAGGUUUUUUUUUUCGCAUUUGAAAAUAACCGUUUCAGUUUUGCCGAUGGCGUCCCCAGCUGCUGUAGCUGUCAAUUGCGCCCCGCACGCUGUUGGUCGCGGCGGCGGUGGUGGAGCGGUGUUUAUUCGCGAUUGGACGGCGGGACUGCGGUGGUCACACUGUCCGUGUCGGCGGUGGGUUCGGUUGGCGGUAAUGAUACGGCACGCGCAUUUUCUCCAUUCGAAACCCAACGACCGUAACAAUAACAUAGAAUAUAGAUAAUAGAAUAAUAGACAAGGAAAGAAAUCCUAUACUAGUCUUAUACACAUUGUUGUUGAUUUGUUAACGUUAUUUGAUAUGGUACAACUCAAUCUCCCGUGUAAAAUGUAAUAAGGAAUAGAUGAUAUCUAUUGAUUAGAACCUUCGUGGCCCAUUCGAUAUUUAAUAUUUAUAAUCUAUGAGCAAAGGACCGUACACCACCGCGACACGACGUCAUCAUCUCCGCCCGUCACUCACCCCCGACAACGUUACCGUUUACCGAUCGCGCGAGUUCACCACCCGCGUCGCCGAGGCGCCGACACCCCACUCGCGCGAAACUUUUUAUACGCAGACUACCUAGUACCUAUGCAAUUAAAAUUUCCCCUCGGCACCACUAUAUAAUUUACAACCCUAUACGGCCGAGUCGGGGAUAUAGAGGAUACCCGCCCAUUAUAUUCUGUACGAAAUGAACGUCCGGCGCCGGUCGUUAAAAAUAGUGUCGGAUACGAAGAAAAUGCCGUUGGCGGAUCACCGUCGUGAAAAAAAAAAACAUUAACGAUAUUAUGUCACCCGGUCGCCCGGCGGUCAGACGACGCACCACCGUUGCCGUCACCGUCACCGCCGCCGCCGCCGCCGCCGCCGCCACAACUAUUACAAUAUCAGUGGAUCGCGUCGCGCGCCCCGUUCGCGGCCGACGAAUGCAAUUCGAACUGUCGCCGCCACAGGCCCGCUGCCCGUAGUAGACAGUAGUCGCCGCCGGUCGUAGUGGUUCGCUCGUCUCGUAGUGUGCCGUCGAAGCGACGUGGUCAAGCGGCACGUACUCGAGUUAUCGAACGCGAAUGUUUCACGAAACCGUAUAGUAACGACGAUACGACCGCCACGGCGGCGCGCUCCGACAUCGCUCGCUGUUCCACCACACCAUCGCCGGUAAGUGCCUCUACGCGAUUAAUACAAUAAAUCACGGUGUCCGCCAAAAACGACGAUUUCGGACAACCCGACAGUGGUUACGAUUUUUUUUCUUUCUAUUUUUUUUAUGUAAUUUGCGUUUUUUUUUUGCCCAAUUUCUCCGUGACUGGUCAGUUUUCGUGUUACGACGGUUCCCGCAACGAUGUCCCGUCAACGUCGUCCUUAUUUGAUACGAACAGGCCCAAACCUAGUACCAUCUUAGCACGGUCUCGACCGAGUGUCACACAGCCAGUGUCUAUAAAAAUAUAAAACAACACUAUUGGAAUCACUCAGGGGUUCAAUAGUCUUAUAGGCCAUCGAUUUUCAACAUAGCCUUAAGUCGUUUAUGAUAUUUAAAAUAGGUUAGGCGCCAAUUGACUGUUCAUUCAAUGCGCCAGUUUUCAAACUAUAAAUCAUGUACUAGUGACUCGCUGUUAAAGAAAUAAAAUUUAUUAUAGUAGGUAGGUAGGUAUAGAAUGUUCUAAAAUAUUUUUAUAAUUUUAUGAAUUUUUAAUUCAAGCAUCAUUGACCUCUAUAAUGAAAUGCUUUCAUUUUGAUGUUCAAUUGGUUGUUGUAGUUUUCAAAAUUAACCAGCAGCUUUACCCGCUUUAAAAUAACAUUUAUAAUAUACAAUAUUUAUAAAGAAGUUUUUCGGAAUUCCUUUUUGAUCUACGUACAAUAGGUUUAUAUUGCUAGUUGAAUAGAAUAGGCAGUAACAGUAGUUGACAUGUUAAGUAUAAUAUAAUUUCGAACUGUAUUGCGCCUAUAGUAAAUAAGAAUAAUCAAUAUGUCAAAGGCACUUAAUUUUGUUAGUAUAUUAUACACAUGUCUAUGAAUAAAAUAGGGAACAAAUUAUAAAUUCUUGUAUCCUUGGCUUUUGUCCUUCAAACAUAAUAAUUAUUGGUAUACCCUCUUAGAAACUAAGUCAUCAAUAUUGCAAAAGACUCUAAAGCGCCAUAGAGAUAUUAUUAAAACCUUAUUAUUCUUUGUUAUAAGUUAUUGUGGUAAAAUAUUAAUAGUAGUACUCCAGUUUAUUUUAAAAUGUCAGUAUAUACAUUGUAAUUUGACAAUUAUUACUUUAUUUUUAGAACUGUGUUUAUUGACAGGUACCUAUGAUGGCAAUAUUGUUAGCAUAAUAAUAACUACAUUAAUAAGUAGGUAGAUACUAGAUACAUACUACCGAGCAUACUACAUAAUUUGUGUUUUUAAAUUUAAUUUUGCGGUCUAAAUUUGUAUAAGUACUAUAAUAAUAGGUGAGGUGGUUUUUAUACAUUUAAUCUACUCAAAGUAAAUUAUUUUUAGUCUUUCAAAACCAAUAUGGUAUCAUUGGCUACCUCAUUUGAACAGAUGUUAUAAAAACCUUGUGAAAACUGCAAAGGGUUGGAUUUCAAGAUGUGAUUAAAAGGGUCUUUGAUUUUACUACAAAAUUUCUUUAAAAACAAUUAAACAAAAUCCACCUAUUGUUUGUGAGUUUUUAUAUUCAACAAGAUUUGUAAAUAUAUGUAUACAUACCUAUGCAUGUCUUGUCAAAACUAAUAUUCAUUUCUGUGGAAGCACUUCAGUGUGAUAAAAUUUGUCAUUCGUCCCUCUUAUUUGACACUCUGGAUAGAGCUAAUAGACAAAUAAGUCUUAUAAUAUUUAUAUUCAGUAGUUUUCACAAUUAUUGGCUAUAAAUAUUAUUGUAUUCUUAUUUAUUUCUAGGCCAUGGCAUUAUUAAUAUUCAAUUCAUAUACUUAAGACGUGGAACUCCCUCUACUACUCUCAACUAGAAUUUUGGUCAUUAAUAUUUAUAUCCUAUAUAAUACCUUGGUAGUUAUUAGAAUUUUAUAAAUAACUCAAUUGACUACUGAGAAUUAUUUUGUAGUCAUCAGGGACAUAAUAAUAUUUUAAUUUUAACUAAAGUUUAAUAAUAAAAUAAUAAAGUAAAAACAAAAUUAUUAAAAUGGUUAAUACUCAUAAAUAAAUAAAGUAAAUAAAUAUAUUAAUGAAAAAUGUAUAUAUAAAAAUAAAAUAAAUAAAUGAAUCAAUGUGUCGCCUGGAUUAUUAUGAUAAGUGUAUUAUACGGCCGGUUUUAAAUUAAAAAUUCAUCAGGUAUAUCACAGUCAAAAUGUAAAACAUGACUGAAUAUAAAAAAUUAAAUGAAGGAAUAUAUAGAAAAGAAAAAAUUUACAAAUUAGUCAUUUUACAUUGAAUAUAGAAAUAAUUUAUUUUAAUAGGAGAGAUUAUUUAAAAUAAGUCAUAAUUAAACAUAGAUAUUAAGUAAUAUACAUUAUUUGGUUAUUAUUUAUUAUCUAAAAUGUAUUGAUAUAAGAUAUUAUUUUUAAAAUCUAUUGAACGUUUGAAAUAUUAUUACAAUUAUUUUUCUUUAUUUUAUUGUGUAUGUGCAAUUUUUCUAAAACCGAAUUAAUGUAAAUGCUAUUUAGAUUGUUUAAUAUUUUUAAGUCUGUAUACCUAUUUAACAAUUUUGCUUAGGUGCUUAAAAAUUAAAGCCCAUUAUUUCAUUCAUAAUAUAAUAGAUAUCUAUUUAUUAAUAAUGCCAAAUUACUUUGUUUUAUUUUCACAUAAGUUAAUUUAUUUUUGAAAAACUCCAAAUUUAUUUGCAUAUUUAAAACAUUCUAAUGUUGUUAUAGUUUUACAAGAAUAUAGCAAGUAUUUGUACUUAAUGACUUAUAGUAAAUUAUAUGAAAUUAAUUCUAUAUGUAACAUUCAUAUUAGGUGUUAUCAGUAGUGUACCUAGGAAUUUUCAAUAAGAGGUGAUGUAGCAAAUAAGAACCGUAAAAUCUUCUUUGUAUCAUCUUCUCUAAUCAAUUUGACUAUUGGAAUUGGUAUAUGGAAGCAGGGUCCUAAAAAAAAAGCCAAUUUCUAAUCAAUAUAUCAAGCUUUUCCUCAUUACUUGGCUAAAAUAUAUACACUUCAAUAUUAAAUUACUUAUAUUUUAUUUUUUAAGCCAAUGGGUGAGGAAUUUAUAACCCCUAACCCCCCCUGCAUAUACUAUUGGGUGGUUUAAUUUAUUUAAGUCUUACUUAUCAUAAUUCUAUACACAUGCCGAUUUGUGUUUUAUAAUGAUUAUUAUUAAUCAUAUACUUACCUAAUCGUAUAACAAAUUAUAGUAAAACAUGAAUGAAAAUUCUUUAUAUAUCUAGGUUAGUAGUAAAUUCCAGACUUCUCAAUGAAAAGUGUAUACUUAGAAAUAAUUUUAAGUCAUAGAAAUUGCUGUCGUUAAGGCAUAGUAAAUGUUGGCUGAAACAAAAAUAUUAUAAUAUGAGUUAAAGCAGAUAAUAACUAGUUUAUCAUUAUUUAUGUUUAGUUACCUGUGUCAUUGAUAAAAAUUUAUUAUUAGUUUUAAGUAUAAUAAUUUCAUUAAUAUUAAAAUAGACCAGUAGUAUGAUAAUAAGAUAGUGGAAUAAUAUUUGAGUUUUAAUUUACUAAAAUUUAUUUAAUAAAUAAUACUUAUUUAAUCUAGUUUUUUAAAAAAAUAUUACAAUCUAAAUUUUCUUUCUGUUGUAAUAAUUGUUUAUCAUUAGGUAAUUUAAAAAUAAUUUAUAAUUUUUAUCUAUGACAAUGUUUAAUUUUAGGCUUCCUUUAGAAUCAGUUUGAAAAGCAAUUAUUUAUUUAACAUUACUUUCAAUAAGUAGGUAUUUUAGUUAGUUUAGGUAUCAUAGUUAAUAAUGUGAGCCUGCCCCGCAAAGGGGAAAACAGGAUUUUACAAAACAUUACUUAAUUAAUUAUACUUAUUAAUAAACGGUAGCAGUAGUGGGAUAGCAAUGUGAAAACUGAUAUCUCACUACUUAUACAGCAGUGAAACAAAUAAAAUAUUUACUAGAGUCGACUAAAGAUCAGCAUAGCCAGAUUUUUUUGGCACUGACCGGCCCGAAACUUAAAUUAAAAAAUUGUACCUGACCGGACCCAGUCCAUACAUUUUUAUUUGAAGCCAAACCCGACCAUGUCUGUUGGUCACAUUUUAGUAUAUAGUAUAUAGUGUGUAUACUAUUGAAAAAGACUACAGACAGAGGUCAGAGAGCAAGAAGUGAUGAAAAAAAAUUAUAUAUACAAUUUAGUUUAUUUUGUGAGAACAUUGAUCCAUCAAUAACCAAUCAGAAAUAUUUUUCUUAUGGCCUGGCCCUUCCCAAGCCCGUUAUUGGGUCUGACUGAUCUUAAAUAUAUACCAGUGGUUUUUAAAUUAGGUGCUAUGAGCAUUCCCUAGGUGUGGCACAGUCUUUAUGUAUUUUUUUCAAAUGUAUAAUUUAAGUAUAAUUUUGUGUAUAUUGGUGUAAAAAUUUAAUAAUAACAAGAAAGGUCUUAAAAAUGUUUCAUUACUAAGAUAUGUGCUGUAAAAAAUCUGAGCACAAUGUGCCGUGUUUAAAUAAAUUUUUGAAAACCACUGAUAUAUUAUAUACUGUCAAACCAGUAGGUACAUAAAAAAAUCUUGGUAACCAGGCAAUUACAUGUUUUAUUAAUCUAUAUUUAUUUUGAAAUAUAAAUCAGUGAAAUUAUCAAUUGGUUAUUUAUAGGUACCUAGAUAGGUAUACAAAAUUGAUAAUUUAAUGAACAUAUAAACUUCCCACUUGCAAUAAUAGAUAACUAUUAUCUAUGCUUGCAAUAUAUUAAAAUGUAAUUACUGUUUUAUCAGGGUUUUAUUCUGGUUUUAUCUCAUACCCUGUUUCAAAAGAGAACAUACCGCUUUCGCGACCAGUUUUCAUUUGGCGGCGUGCAUCCCCACCAGGUGCAUGUUAAGAAACGUGUUCUUAACAUUUCUAUCAUUGUGACCAGUGCUAUCUGGUGGGGAUGCGCGCUCCGAAUGAAAACUGGUCGCGAAAGCAGUAUGUUCUCUUUUGAAACAGGGUAUAGGUAUUUAUAAUAUAUACAAAUAACGUCCGACCUUCUUCUUUAUCAAUAAUUGCCUUAACAACUCACAAUCACUUUUCAUAAUGUAUCUUCAUUCGUUAUAAUAUAUUAUUUGACAUUAAUAUUGGUACCUUUGUUAUAAUGUUUUUUAUAUUGCUAACAUAUUUUAUAAUAUUUAUUCCUGUUAUAAAUAGGUACCUAACUAACUGUGUAGAAUUAAGAGUAAUUAUUGUUUUUAAAGUGUUAAUUUAUUUUUUGUGUUCAGUAUAAUAUAAUUGGUAAUGGUUCAAUGAACCAGAACAUUAUAUUAUUGAAAGAAAAAUAAAAGUCAGGUCUCUGUCCUUAUAAAAAAUAUUAUUUAUUAUGAAUUAAAUUAGGUAGGCUUAAAGCCGUUACUAGUUACUGCUAUUAGUGAAAGUAAUUUAAAACUAGAUAUGGAACAGUAGCUACACUGAAAAUUAUUCAAUGACACUAACCAUGACAUAAAUCAUACACCAUCACAAAAAAGGACAAACGGAAUGAUGAUGUAAUCAGUGAUACAUUGUUUGAAUAAUUGUUUUGCUAUUUUGUUUUUCUUUUAUUAGUUUAUAGAACAGAACAUAACAUUUCCCCUGAAAUAUUUUAUUUUGACUAUUAAAAUUAAUGAUUAGUUGUUACUUAAUCCGAUUUAAUGUUUCUGUACUUUGAACAUACAAGUGGUACUUGAAAUCAGUUAUUCUGUAGGUAUUUAUAAUAAUAUAUAUGAAAUCAAUCUUAUGUGAUAAUUUUUAAUUGUAUUACUUUCUGAGUAGAAAAUAGUUUAUGAUUUUAUUACUCACUAAAACCUUUACCGACCUAUAGGUUUAAAAUUAUUUAUUUCGAAAUCAGCUUGAUAAAUGUUUUACUUCUCUGUGUUAAUAAAUAUUCAGAUUUCCAUGAUUUUCAUUUUAAUUAAAAUUGUAAGCAAUUAUAAAUAUGGCAUUAAGACAAAAAUAAUAAACAGUUAAGUCUGCUUACUUUUGUUUUAAAUAAAAUAUAAAUGUAUUAAAUAUCCGAUUCACACCUGUCCUGCAAAUUUCAGUUUUCUAUCUCAUCAGAAAGUAUUUUAAUUUUCAAAUACGAGAUUUGAACUUGAACCAAACAACAAAUAAAGUUAAACAAUUUAUAAAAAUGAUCUCAUUAGUGUACCGUCUACAUUGAUAACCUAUAUAUCAUAUAAUCUUUCGAUGAAGUUGUUUUUUAAUUAUUUACUGUAUAAAAAAAAUGUUUAAAGAUUUAUUUGUCUGUAUACAUUUCCAAUAAAAAUGUCUUAGAAUAAUGGUAAUGUUUCUUUAUAAAUCAGAGAUGUAUAUACUUUUAGAACGUAUGAAAGUUACAGUAGAAAAGGCUAUGUGUACAGUAUAAUGUACAUGUAGUAUAAAAUGUCAUUUCUAUAACGGGAUACCUAUAUUUGUUAAUUUUAUUUUUUUAAAUUAAAUUUUCUAAAUUUAAUUCUAUUGUAAUUUUUCUAGGUUCUAUAAACCAUCAAUAUUACUUUAUACAGUGAUUUGCUAAAAACUGUCGAAGAACCUAAACUAAAUUAUGUAAGUAUAUUGUAAUUAUACGGGGUGUAGCAUGGUAUGUUAUGUUUAGGGCGCUGAUUUUUAUGUAGUACAAAUUCAAUGUAUAUAAAUAUUUAUAUUAUUGUUUUUUCCAAAAUAUCUACUAAAACACAUGAAAUAUUUAACAUAAAAACGUGUUUAUUCAAUUUAAUUGUAUAAAAAAAAGUACUGUAAAUGUAGGUUCAUUAUAUAAAUCGGUUUUUAUUUUAUGUAUUCGUCGUCGUUGUUAUCUUCUUGGAAACGAUGUACAUUUGGAGAUUUUCAAAUUUAAUAGAUCGACAGUUAGGUCUCAAAAUUAAUUUAUAACAGCUGAAGAAGCGUUGACUGAGAAUAAUGAGGCAUCUUUAAUAUUUGAUACAUCCGAUUGUGUAAGUUUAUUGAUGUGUUUUCAUUUUUAAUUAAAAGAAUAUUGUGAUUUGAUUUCGAUAAGUCACAAAGUACAGGAUUAUUACGUAUUUUUUCAAUUAGUAUUAUAUUAAUUCUUCUCGAUACGGCAAAAAUACGACUUUUGCAAAGUUUUGUGAUUCGGUCAUGGCAUUUAAUAAGUUCAAAAUGGAAAAUAAUUGUAAAAGCCGCUGGCGAGUGUCGCUGUACACUGCUUUCGACCGACUGGAACCGCGUGCCGCAGCGACCCAUUGCAGGCCGCUCUCCAAUUAGCCGUGACGCGAUUGAUGCGAUAAAACUGGAGAUUGAACUAUAACCUAAACGAUUGUUCAGUUUCAUUAAGUUCAGCUAGGGUCAUCUGCAACUUUCGUAAAUAAAAAGGCGAUCACAUUUGUCAAAAACAAUACUAGUACAAUAAUUAUUGUUUUAACGACGCGAAUCAACACGGAACUCGUCGUCGCGUCCGACGGUUUCAUGUUUUUUUUUUUUUUUUUUCAGUCGCGCCAGUGGGUCGGCUGUCCAACGGUCCUUAAUAAAUCGGUGCAGCUUAUCGGCACUUCUAGGUAUUCUCUGAUAACUAAUUAUUUAGAUAACGUCUGAUAACGUGUACGGUAUGGUUCAAAUAUAUUUUAUCUAUGCACUAAAUUUGUUUAGAAACAUGAACGGUGUCUGCGCCUGCCCGAAGGCUAAUAGUUUUGUUUGGUAAACCGAGAUGUUUAGCGCGUACGUAAUUUGAUUUAUUUCGUAUUAUUUCUCUGGGCACAAUUUCCAAUUGAAUAAUUAUUAUUUUUAAUCACUUUGGUUAAAUUCAAUAGUUACCUACCUAUUGUUUAUGAAUGUACAAAAUACGCGUGUAAAUGUUGGUAAAAUAUUUCAAAAUUCGGGAAAAACCGGAAAAAAUAAAAGUCUUAUUUUAUUCAACGUGUUAUGAAACGGUGUGCUUAUUUUUAAUCAAAACUAAAUAAUCCACAUUCGAUAAAAUUGUAUACAGUGAAACCUUCUCUAACGGACACCUAAUAGCGGACGUUUUUUUUUCGGGAACGGGGACAUUUUCACUACUUUUCAACGGGAAAACCUCCGUAUAGCGGACACUAUUUUAAUCUUAAGCGGUUCGCGCGCGACCUGUGUUUUUGUUCAAAAACAUGGCUUACAGGAAUAACUCUCACGUCUCGUAGAGUGAUCAGAUUUCGAUCAUUUUUUUUUGUUUUAUUUGUUAGAAAGAGGAAGACUUCUUACAGGGCGCAUUGGAUUUUAAUUUUAAAAAUUAUAUUUACAAGUGCUACAAUAAUAGUUUGAAUUUUACAAAUUUGUACAAGCUUAUAAAUUGUGUAAUAAUUUUUGUUUUUUAGCAAUGUAAUCAAAAAUCGAAGUCCAGUGCGCCCGUCCUGUAGAAAAUCGUCCUCUUUCUAACAAAAACCUUAAAAAAAUUAUUGAAGUCUGAUAAAUCUGCGAGGCGUGAGGGUUUUUCCUGUAAACUGCGUUUUUAGCAAAAUAAUCACGCUUGUAAAUUGUCCCGUCUUGCUCUACCAUUGACCCGUGUGAGAUAGUUUCGUAACCGGCGCCGCGUUACCCACUGUUAUCACACAUCGAGCCUUUCUAGCGGUCUAAAAACACGCGUUCACUACUAAUACUAAUAUAGUAAUAAAAUACAUAGAUUACAACAUUCAUUUCCAGAUUUCCAUUUUUCUGUAUUAUGAUAAUUACGCGUACUGUGUUUUAGAUUAGGAGCGUAGCUAGGGAUCUAAUUUUUUUUUCUGUCUGAGAACAACUCCUCUACCAGCAAACUCACUCUGAAAUAUAGACUAUAGCACCUUUUCUGUAAGAUAAUUUUUUCUAAUCAGUACACUGGCGUGGUCAUUUAGAAAAUAUAGGUAAAAACGGCAAAUAUUUACGGAACGCCGUGGUGUUACCGUUUUCGUUGUGCUAUACUACAGUUUUCUACCAGAAAUAUUACUUCAAUCGAAAAAUGACCAGAAGUCGUUUUUUGAUAUCCAAAGUAGUUUUUUAAAUAAUUGGGAAAAACCGAAAAAAAAAAUUAUUAAUAUUUACGGCAACGAAGUUUAAUUAUUUUAAUAUGUUGAACUAGAAAUAUUACUUCAAUUGAAAAAUGAAAAAUGAUCGAUUUUUUUUUAUUUCUAAUUAAUUAGGAGUUGGGAUUAUGUAAAAAAAUUUUUUUGAUCUCCAAGUAAAACAUAAUGAACCUCCCAACAAAAUGUUCAAGCAUUUUUGUUAGGUCUAACAAUUUAUUUAAAGAGUACCUACUAAAUAAAAUUUACCUUAAAUUUUAGCAAAAUUUAAAUAUCUAUAAAUAGCUCCAAAAUUGUUUAAAUUUUUUAAAAAUUUUAUCACGUCUAGAAAAAGUAAAUAUAAGUUCUCUGUCAACAUUUUAAGUCUCUACGAAUAUUUUAAACUGAAUUACAUUAAAAAUACUAAAUUUUCGUAAAUUUUUCCGCUAUAUUUUAAGUUUUUUUUUUUUUUUGAUUAUGCUCAAUUAUUUAUAGAACUAUAGAUAAAAUAAAAAAAUAAAAAAAACGAAAAACUUACUAAUAAACAAGAUUAAAAAUGCAAUAAAAUAGUAGAUCUAUUGGAGUAAUAUUUAUGGUAGAAAACAUAAACCGUAUAAAUUUUAAAUAAUAAAAUCGUUGUGCCGCCGAUAAUUGGAGUUUUCCACUUGGCCAAUAUCUUCAAACAGUAAAUUUUGAUUUAAAAAUUUCAUUAAAAUUGCAAUUGCAUUGCUAUUGUUCAAAAUAAUAUUCAGAAUAUUAGAGAAAAUUUUAUAUUACUGUUAGUUAGUUUGCUACGUAAAUCUAAAUCAGAUGAUCCAGAAUAUUUUUUUAAGCAUUCAUAUCUUUAAUAGAUAAUUUUUUAGACCAAUUGAACGAAAGAUUUAUAUCGCACAGGAUUGUUUUGAAUAAUUUUGAUUGUAUUUUACUUAAGAUAGAAAUGAAAAUAUCUGACUAUAUUAUUGGUAAAUUCAAGUAAUUAAUAGAAAUAUAUCAAGAUAUAAUUGAUGAAUCUAACGGUUCAAAUUUAAAUGAUCAUAUAUUAAACGGAGAUCUAAAUUUUUGGUACACUAAAUAUUCAAAUUUAACAUCUUCCGAACUCAAGAACAAAAUUGUUAUUAAAGUAUACUUCCAAACUAGUCCAGAUGUUUAUCCAGUAAUAUCUAAACUUCUUCAAAUAUUCAUAACACUUACAGUGCCUACUGCCACGGGAGAACGAUUACUUUAAAAUAGUUUAGCCCUACUAAAAUAUAUUCAUCACAAUAUCAACGUGGAUAUCAAUGAUGUUAUAGAUGAACUUGCUAAAACAUCAUAACGAAAAAUAAAUAUACAUUUAUAAUUUUUAAAGAAGAUAAAUAUUUUAACUGUUAUAUAAUUAUUGCUGUAAAAUAGUUUAAUGUAUGAUUAUAAUACCCAUAAAAUUCAAAACAAUUUUAUUUGUUAUAUUUUUUCAACCUCCCCCCUCCCCCAAAAAAAAAAAAAAAAUUCUGGAUACGCCAAUGGUUACUGUAAUGGACGCAGGUCGUUUAAUUUCAUCAAUAGAGGUAGAAAACCCUCCUAUUUUCUCUUCUACUGUAACUUUGACAAAUGAAAUUACUCGCGAGAUUGUCCAGAGACGGAAAAAUUAUUAUUACACAUACAAAUCUUUAAACCUACAUAACUAGUACAUGAAUUUAUACAUUUUAUGAAUUUCAAAAAAUUACCCCCUCUGAAUAACGAACACCUCCGAAUAGCAGACAUAAAUUCAGCGACCGAGGGUGUCUGUUAUUCAGAAGUUUCACUGUAUUUACAUAAAAAUCUGCACCCUAGUUAUAUUAUUACUGAGUGGAUUCAAGUUUUUUUUUUUUUUUUGAAAUUAUUGGUUGGUUGGAUGAAUACAAAUUAAAUUUCAUUUUUGUUUAUUUUUAACAUAAGCAAAAACGUUAAACACAAUAUUAAUAAUUUAAGACAUUGAUAAAUAUUGUUAUUAUACAAGUAUAAGUCUGCAAUUAUGAAUCUGAAAUUUAUUUGAGAAAGUAGAACAAAAUAAUAAUAAUUAAAAUACCAAUACAAAUAAUCUAAUGUGAUAAGUAAUAUUUAAAAACAUAAAGUGAUUGCUCUAUACCUUUUUUCAAUGUCUUGGUUUAUCAACUAUAGUGUAAUUAUGUUACACGUGAUUCAGUUUUAAAUGUAUUAUAUUAAAAAUUAAAAUAAAUACAUAAAACAUUUUUGAGGUUAAUUAGUUUGAAAAUUUAAAAUUAAUAUACUUUAAGCGUACUUAAUUUUUAAUUAUUAGUUUUGUGUAAGAUGUAUUAAUAUAAUAUAUUCUUUAAUAGUGAUUUUAACAUUUUUUAAAAAUAAUUUUUUUUUUGCAUUUCAUUUUGCUACUUAAUAAUUAAAAUACAGUCUUUGCAGCUUGCUACUUGUAUAAAUUUAUGAUAUAUUUUAUUGAUAAUAUUUGUUUUUAUACAAAUAUAAUCGAUGAGAUUAUUAGGUACUUAAUAUGUAUUUACUUGCUCUUAUAUAUGCUAGACAAACAAACUGUUGACCAUCCCGUGUUAUUACCUAUCAAUUUUAUUAUGUUAAGAAAUAUAAGUUUAUUGUAAAUUGUAAUAUCCAUUUCAAAACAUUUAGUAGGUAAUAUUAUUUUGUUAAACUAAAGUACUAAUCUUAUUUCUUUAUUUUGUGUUUCAGAACAGUUAUCAAUCAGGAGACAUGCCAUGACAGGACGAUUAUAUUCUUUAAUCAUAUCGCUGGGCGGCCUCACGUUAAUAACGUUUUCUCUGUGGACAAUAUGGAGCAAAAUUUUCAGUGUCGACGAGGCACAUGCCAAUCAUGCCAAGUACCAUAUACUCACAAUGGAAAAUGUUACCUCGAAACCGUUUGAAUUACGUUCUCUGUCUGAUGGCGAUCUUCACUCAUUAAUCGAUCUGCCGUCAUUUAAUUUCAAUAUAAACCAAAAAGUCUGCGGUGACAACAAUACCCACCUGGUAGUGGCACUAGUGCACACUGCACCUAGUCAUUAUGCCAAACGCCAGGCUAUUAGAGAUACUUGGGCGAAAAUGAUACCAACAUUAUUUUUUAUGGGUCUCACAAAUUCCAGCGUCACCCAGAAUAAUAUCAAAUUAGAAAAUCAAUUAUACAGUGAUAUUGUGCAAGGUGACUUUAUAGAUUGUUACCGUAAUUUAACUUAUAAACAUGUAAUGGUACUAAAAUGGACUUUGUAUUAUUGUCCCUGUGCCAGGUAUUUGCUCAAAAUUGACGACGAUACGUUUGUUAAUGCACCAUACUUGUUGGAAUUACUCAAUUAUAGAUUAUCACCCUUAGGAGCACGCGAUUUACUCAUGUGCCAACUUAACUUUUCGACCAUGGUAAAACGCACAUAUCGAUCAAAAUGGAGAGUUUCAUAUGCGGAAUAUCCUGACCGUUGGUACCCAGUUUAUUGCUUGGGGUGGGCAAUAAUUUAUUCGCCUGACGUCAUUUAUAAACUAUAUACAGGAGCACAAGUAACACCAUAUUUUUGGAUCGAUGAUGUUCACAUUACUGGAACAAUAGCUGUUAAACAGAAUAUCACAAAAACAGACAUGAGCGAAAUAGCAGUUAGUGAAUCCGAUUUACAGGAUGACAAAAAUAUUAGUCGCAAGUUUGUAUUUUGUUUACUAAUGGAUCCGGACCAAUCAAUGAGAAAGUAUUGGAAUACAAUUACUAAUCUUGAUGAUAAUAUGGCCGUUUCUUCUUCAACAUUGGGUUCCUCAAAAUAAGUGUUGGUAUCAACUGAUGGAGAAACAUGUGCACAUAAAUACAUGUAUAAAUAAUAAAUUAAUGAUAAAUAUUUAGAAAAUUGAAAACUGAAUUGUGAUAAAGUAGCCUAUAACAAAGUUAAUUGUUAUUAUUAUAAUUAUUUUUUUGUAGGGAGUAUAGUAUUUAAAAUAAGGCUGAUAUUAAAGAUGAGUUUAAAAAAAAAUUAUAUAUGAUAAAAUAAUUAUAUUUUAAAUAUUAAGAUACCUUAUAUAUUAAUCUCAAGCGCCACAAAUUUUCUUAGAAAGAUGUUUGGUAUAAAAAGAUACUAUUGAUAUAUGUAUUGCUGACAGAGUUAUAAUAUAUUUAUUUAAUUUAAAUAGCCUAUUUAUUUCUAUAAAGUUGUGUUAUUUUUAAUUUAUAUCUUCUAAAAUCAAUCAAAUUUUAAUAAUUUGUAUUCCCAUAUGAUUGAAAUGAAAAUAUUAUAAAUAGCAUCAUUAUAAACAUAACAAAAGAGAAUACCAAAAAUAAUAUGAAAUUUGUGUUGUUAAGAUUUGAUGUCUAUAAAUCUAUUGUACCUGUAUUUUUCUCUACUGACAUUAGAAAUCCCAAAUAAUAGUUUAUUAAAUUACUUGAAAUUGUUUAAUACUCAACAUCUCUAUUAAACUAAAUUUAAGGUUUUAGUGGUUAUUUUGUUUUUAAAUUAUUAGCAAAUGUUAAUAAAAAACUUAAAUCUUAAAAUUUUUGGUAUUCCAAAUAAAAAUAUUGUUUUGUACAUUCAUCAUACAUUAUUUCAGUUAUUCAAUAUAGUGCAAACAAUAUUAAAUAGAACAACAGAAAUAAUUUAAUAUUUAAAUAAUAAUAUCAAUAUUAAAUGUUUAAUUUUGUAUGAAUCCAUUAAAUAUAUAUUUUAAUAAUUUUUUUUUACAUUUAAUAAAGCGGUAAACUCGAGUAUGCUAACGACACCAUCUCAGUUAGAAUUGUAUAUGAUUAAGAAUGUUCUGUUCUAUAGUAAAUUUAUUCUUGUAAGUGAAGCAUUCUUAAUUUUAUAACAAAUUCUUCAUUGAAUUUAGAUAAUAUGAUUUAUCAUAUAUAUUUUUAUGUAUGCCAAUGUAAUUUUAAUAGUAUUAAAAGCAAGGAUUGAAAACUAAUUAAAUUUUAGAAUUUUUUUGUUCUAAAACAAUUAAUAUUUUAUUUAGUAACAUUGACGUAAUAUUAUAUGAAAAAAAACUUGUUUUGAGUUUAAAAUUUUUUUUUAAAUUGAGGCAUAAUAUUGCCUUUAAAUAAAUAAAAAAAAAAAAUGUCAAUACAAUAUAUUAGCAGGAAAUCGUACUUACACAGGAAAUCAAAUUGAUGUUUUUUUAACUCAUAUACUAGUAAAACAUUUCAAACAACUAUUUUAGAACAUAUCGAAUAUCUGUUCUCUGAUUGAAUUGGUGUUAAUCCUUGCUUUUUUCGCUACAUACUUGUUCCUAAUAUGAGUAUUAAUUUAUCAAUUUAUAAUAAUAAUAUGUCUUAAUGUUUAUGGUUGGUGUCAAUAGAUGAUCUCACGGUGUAAUUAGAUAUUUGUCAAACAUUUCUAUGUAAAUUGUAGUUUAUUAUUAUUAUAUAAAUAUUUCAUUUUAUUUUAGACAUUACUCAGAAAUUUAAAGCAUUGACUUUUUCUGUGGUUAUUUAAAAUCAUUACAAUACAAAUAUUAAAUGCUAAUAAUUUUAAAAAUAUUCCAUUCUGUUUAAUUGUCAUUAUUAACUAUAAAGAAUAUCAAACUGGGUGCAUAUAGUAAGUUAUUAAAUUGUGAAUUAGUGUAAAGCAUAUCUUAAUUAAAAUAAGGUUAUUGUUCUCCUUUCGAAUUGAUGUUUAACUAUUUUGUUUACUAUUAUUUUAUAUUAUUUUUAAUUACGCCUGUCUAUGCAAAUGGUUGUAUUCAAAUGCGUAUGUUAUAAACUAGAUUUCUAUUACAAAUGGUUAUUUAUAUUGUUGAGAUGCCAAUUUAUUUUUAAAAAUGUUUUAUAGGAAAAUUAUUUGUAAUAAAACGAUAACAGUUUUUUUUUUUUUAUCUUGCGUUUGCAACAGUUUUAAAUUUGAAUCAACCAUUAUAACAUAAUGUUAAUAUUAAGAUAAUGAUUAAUUUGUCAUUAGCAUAAUAUAAAUACCAAAAAUUUGUUAAUUAUAAAUUGAAAAAUAUAUAAAUUAGAUUUUUUUUUUUUUAAUUAUGGAUGAAUUGGUGCCAAAAUUUAAAAUUUAGUAUCGAAAAAUAAAAUGUAAAAAAAAAAAAAUGCCAGUUUUAAUUUUGUUAUUGCUCAAUUAUCACAGUAAUAUUUAUUAUUAUUAUUUUAUGUAUCCACUUUACUAUUAUUUUUAAUGUAUUUGUUUGAUUUUAUUAUUAUUUGUAUAUCUUGAACUAUGUAUGGGGACUGAUAAGUCUUGUUGACAGUUGAAAAAAAUGAUUUGUGGCUUAUUAAAUAUAAAAAAAUCAACUAAUUUAAGAAAGAAUUAAAUCAAAUUAGUUAUUUGAAGAAAAAACAGUUUUAAUGAAAGUAGAAUAUAAUAUAAUGUGCUAACCUAAUAUCUAAAUAUUAUUUACUAGGUACUAUUUAAAAGAUCGAGUUUUUACAAUAUCAUUCUGAUAAAAAACAAAUAUUAUUUAUUUUUUUUUUAUAUAUAUAUAUAUAUAUAUAUAUACAGGAUAGUUAAAAUAUUAUAAAUAAAAUUACAUUUUAGUAUUGUUAUGUAUAGAUGUGUACUUAUAUUUUACAUAAGUUGUAUUUUCUUUAAAAUAAUAUUGUUAUGAAUACCUAGAAUAUAUUUCAC